UCCAGUGCAGACACCGGCAAAGCAAACACAGUGCUGUUCCCAGCUGCCAUCAGAGCCGCCUCGGUGACUCAGCAGCCGCGCUGAAAGCUCCCUUAUUUAUUUAAACGCUUGCUCCCGCUCGCUCGGCUGAGCAUCUCCUGCAGCGAUGCUGCUGCUGGGCUGGCCCUGGCUGCCGCUUGGCGAGCAGGAGAGCGAUACCCGACAUCCCGAGCCCCCUGGUUUGCUCCGGAUGCAAUGGCUUUGACUACGUGGGCUCUUGGCCCCGCGUUGCGGUUCUGUGUCGCCGGCCCUGCCUGCUCCUGGGAGAUGCUGCACGUGGCCGGAGCAGGUGUGUGUGGCUGCUGCGGUGCCCUGCGUCCUCGUUACAAAAGACUCGUUGACAACAUCUUCCCUGAGGACCCAGAGGAUGGGCUGGUGAAAACCAACAUGGAGAAGCUGACAUUUUAUGCUCUGUCUGCCCCAGAGAAGCUGGAUCGCAUCGGUGCCUACCUCUCCGAGCGACUCAUCCGAGACGUGAGCCGGCAUCGAUAUGGGUAUGUGUGCAUUGCCAUGGAAGCCCUGGACCAGCUCCUCAUGGCCUGUCACUGCCAGAGCAUCAACCUCUUUGUGGAGAGCUUCCUGAAGAUGGUGGCAAAGCUGCUGGAGUCCGAGAAGCCCAACCUGCAGAUCCUAGGGACCAACUCGUUUGUGAAGUUUGCCAACAUCGAGGAGGACACCCCAUCCUAUCAUCGCAGCUAUGACUUCUUUGUCUCCCGCUUCAGUGAGAUGUGUCACUCCAGCCACGAUGACUUGGACAUCCGGACAAAGAUCCGGAUGUCCGGCAUCAAAGGCCUGCAAGGUGUGGUGAGGAAGACAGUGAACGAUGAACUCCAAGCCAACAUCUGGGACCCACAGCACAUGGAUAAAAUCGUGCCCUCAUUGCUCUUCAACUUACAGAAUGUGGAGGAGGCUGAAAGCCGCUCCCCCUCUCCGCUGCAAGCCACUGAGAAGGAGAAGGAGAGUCCUACAGAGCUAGCGGAGAGGUGUCUGCGGGAGCUGCUGGGCCGAGCGGCGUACGGCAACAUCAAGAACGCCAUCAAACCCGUCCUCAUCCAUCUGGAUAACCACUCGCUCUGGGAGCCAAAGGUCUUUGCCACUUGCUGCUUCAGGAUCAUCAUGUACUCAAUCCAGCCACAGCACUCGCAUCUUGUGAUCCAGCAGCUCCUGGGUCACUUGGAUGCCAAUAGCAAGAGCGCAGCCACUGUGCGUGCAGGCAUUGUGGAGGUCCUGUCAGAGGCAGCGGUGAUCGCAGCCUCUGGAUCUGUUGGCCCCACGGUGCUGGAGGUGUUUAACACCCUGCUGAGGCAACUGCGGCUCAGCAUCGACUACGCGCUGACGGGAAGCUACGACUGCGCCACUGGUGUCAGCACCAAGAUCAUCAAGGAGCAUGAGGAGAGGAUGUUCCAGGAGGCUGUCAUUAAAACCAUUGGGUCCUUUGCGGGCACGCUGCCCACCUACCAGCAGUCUGAGGUGAUGGUCUUCAUCAUGAACAAGGUGCCACUGCCCUCCUCGCAGCAGUCCAUCGAGGCUGGCAAAGAUGGGGAGAACCGGAAUCGUCUGACACAGAUAAUGCUCCUGAAGUCCCUCCUCCAGGUCUCUGUGGGCUUCCAGUGCAGUAACAUGCUUACGGCACUUCCCAGCGCCUUCCUGGACAGGCUGCUCUCUGCAGCCCUCAUGGAAGAUCCUGAGAUCCGCCUCUUUGUCCUGGAGAUCCUCAUCAGCUUCAUCGAUCGCCAUGGGAACCGGCAGAAAUUCUCCACCAUCACCACCAUCAGCGACAUCUCAGUCCUGAAGCUGAAAGUGGACAAAUGCUCACGCCAAGAUACUGUCUUCAUGAAGAAGCAUGGCCAGCAGCUGUACCGGCACAUCUACCUGAUAUGCAAGGAGGAGAAUAAUGUGCAGGCUCACUAUGAGGCUCUCUACAGCAUGCUGAUGCUCAUCAGCAUCGAGCUGGCUAACGAGGAGGUCGUGGUGGACCUCAUCCGCCUGGUGCUGGCAGUACAGGAGAUUGCCCAGAUCAACGAGGAUAACUUGACAGCGUACAACCGCUGCGCGCUCUUUGCCCUCGGCGCAGCUUAUCUGAACCUCAUCAGCCAGCUCAUCACCGUGCCCACCUUCUGCCAGCACAUCCAUGAGGUCAUCCAGACGCGACAGAAGGAAGCUCCCUAUCUGCUCCCUGAAGAUGUGUUUGUGGAGAGGCCCAGGUUGAGCAAGAGCCUUGACCGCCUGGGCCCAGAAGUCUUCUUCUGGCAAAGCAAGAUCAGUGAGGUGCUGGGUGGCAGCGGAUACAACGCGGACCGGCUCAGCACACCCUACAUCCCCCAGCUGACAGAUGAAGACCGCUUGUCCAAGAGGAAGAGUAUCGGUGAGACCAUUUCACUGCAGGUCGAAGUGGAGUCGAGGAACAGUCCUGAGCGCGAGCAGAGAGCGCCAGUGGAAGAGAUCACGUACGAGACGCUGAAGAAAGCAAUAGUAGACAGUGUCGCUGUGGAGGAGCAGGAGCGAGAGCGGAGGCGCCAAGUGGUGGAGAAAUUUCAGAAAGCCCCCUUCGAGGAGAUCGCUGCCCACUGUGGUGCCCGGGCGACACUGCUACAGAGCAAGCUCAACCAGAUCUUUGAGAUCACCAUACGGCCACCACCAAGCCCCUCUGGCACCAUCACAGCCGCCUAUGGCCAGCCCCAAAACCACUCCAUCCCGGUGUAUGAGAUGAAGUUCCCGGAUCUCUGUGUGUACUGAGGGUGGCUGUGCUGGUAGGACAGAGCCACCGCCACACAGCUCGCACUGAAGGACCUCUUGAGGAGACACUGCUGACCCUGCAGGGAGCACAUCCUCCUGCAGGGCAGGUGGGGACACAGAGAGCAGGACAACCCCAGGAGUUGCUGGCACCACAAACCCGUCUCCCGUACUUUAUUUUGUCACCCUCGGCCUCCGCAGCCACAUUUUGCAGCGGUCGGUGGUGCAGGAGGCUUGGGGAGCUAUAGCAUGGGGAGGCAGGCAAUUGUUGUGACCUCCCUCUCUGGUUCCGUUUUUGGAGAGGGGAGAGGAGAUGCUCUGGCUCCGGGCAGAGCACAUUGGAUGUGUUCAUCUUCCUGGCAUAAAGCAAACCCAUUCCCUGGGGAAUUCCUCCCUGCAUCAUCUGUUGGCUGUGUUGAGAGCCCCUGGCAAGUGGAGGGUGCAAAAAGCAGGAAGGAUCUGGGAUGCAACACGCUGGAGGGGACAGCUGCAAAACCAAAGCCAAGCUGGUGCUUGAGGUGGGUUGCUGGUGGGGAUAUGGGCCCUUCAUCCAGCUCCUUCAUCUCCCGAGGAGCCUCUUUGGCACAUGGCAGCUUCCCUUAGUGAAUUCAGGGUGCCUCGAUGUCCCAGAUAGAAGCUUGCCCGGUGCAGCAUGAAAGUGGUGAUCGUCCCAUCCUAUCCCAGCAGCCUGGCUGGUUCCAGGUCACUUGAAAUCAUGGUUUGUUUGGGAAAACCCACUUUUUUUUUGGUGGGAAAAAUCCGUUUUUUUGUGGGAAACCCCACUUUUUUGGUGGGAAAACCCACAAGAGCCUCUCACCUGGGUGCCCAGCAGGCUGCUCGCAGGAUGCUGGAGCAACUGAGCCUACAGACAGUGAAGCACCUGGAACAGUGGCAUGAGGCACAAGCAACCCGUACCCAUAAUAUUCCCCGUGCUGGGGAAUAUUAACACAUUAACCCACUGCUUUCGUGUUUUUGGGUUGGAUUUUCACAGUUUUGAGGUUCCUGUCUCAAAGAAAGAGUUAUUUAUUUAUUUUUAUUGGAGCAGAAUCACUUUGACAGAGUCCAGUGUUAAAUCAUCUGAGCUAUAACGACAAAGAAACUGCAGCAUAGCAGGAAAGAAGGUGUUUUAGAGGGUUCACCCUGCAGACCCUGCACCUGCUUGGUCAUGGAUUGUGCUGCCUCUUGUGUGAUUGGAACAAACCAGACCUGGGCUGGAGGGAGCUGGGGUUUUGCUUUAGUCACACAUGGUAGAAAGUUUUAGGUUCAACCUAACAAAAACUGCAAGGUGGAGUGGAGGUGGUAGAGAGGGGAAAGGAAAGGCUACUUGGAGGGGUUCAGUCCUUCAUAGAGGCAUUUCAGUCGUUCAGAAGGGGUUUCAGUCAUUCAUGGAGAGGUUCAGUCAUUCGUGGAAGGGUUUCAGUUAUUCAAAGGGGGGUUCAGUUCUUUAAGGAGGGAUUUCAGUCCUUCGAAGGGUGUUUGAGUCAUUUGAAGGGGUGUUCAAGCGUUCAUGGAGGGAUUUCAGUCAUUUGUGGAGUGGUUUCAGUCGUUCACAGGGGGGUUUCAUUUGUUCACAGAGGAGUUGCAGUCAUUCACAGUGUGGUUUCAGUCAUUCACGGUGGGGUUUCAGUCGUUCACAGGGUCUCUACUGCUCCCAAAUGCCUUUCAAGUGUUGUCCUAAGGCUGUUGGCAGGGUGAGCUUGGGUACACUGGCAGUUCGACAGGUGCUGCCUGCAGCCUCCCCACCAUCACCUUCCGAGCAGCCCUGGGGUUUCUCCUGCAAGCUCAGGCAGCCCCAUCCCCUCUGGCCGGACACGCUGCCUCCAUCUUCGCUGCACAAAGAAGCACAGAAGGGUCUGAAGCCAGAGAUGUGGGAGCUGCUUCAUCACACAGCAGUGGGACAACAGGUAAAGGCAGCUGCUCAGUGUUUGCACCGGCUCUGCCUGUGCUGGGUUGCUUCAGCCACAACCCAUUUUUCUCUCUCAUGGCACCUUCAGGCAGUUAUUUUAAGCUAUAAUUGCACAUUACAUCCCCCUUUUUUUCCCCUCAGUGUUGGAAACAGUUUGCGAUUGCUCGGAGGUCACCACUUGUUUGUGUGGUUGUGCUGUAAUCCGGGCUUAGAAAAUGAGCUUGCUUAAGAGGACAGGAAAAACAAGGGUUUAUUUCGGUCCCUGGACUGGAUCUGCCCCGCUGGCAGCCUCUACCAGCUCUGCCCUAGGCUCUCCCCUCGCUGCUUCUCCUCAGGCUCCCCGUGUGUCUCCAUCCCCUAUCCCGGAGCCCUUUUUGAUCCCUGGUCCCACUGGAGCCUGAGUACUGGCUGAAGCAGGUUUGGGGGUCGUCAGCUGGAUGCGAAGUGGGAAGGAGCUCGAGGAAGGAGGGUUUGCUCCCAGGGCUCUUCCAAUGAAAAACGCUACCAUUUUAAACAAAAUUAACCCCCAAUUCAUGUGUCCAUGGGGAAAACCACCUCCAAACCUCCUCAAAACCACAAAGAAAGGGAGAAGAUGAGCACAAGGUUUGCUUGCACUGAAGGAGGGAUGCUAUGGGGUGCCCACCAUCCAUCUGGGACAGAAAAUCCCCCUGGACUGCGGGUUAUCCCUCCCCUCCCAAUGCUUUUCCCUUGCUCAGCUCCAUGGGAUCUGGCAGCAGGUCCAGGGCUGUCAUCUCCUGGCUGCCUGCAUCACCCAGCAUGGCUCACCUCCGCAUUUUGGGACCCAAACUCCAUCUGUAAAGUGCCCCCCCGGCCCCACACCCGGUGUCAGUGACCUGUUUAUUCUUGUUUAGUUUAGACACGUAGCGGCGACCAAAUCCAUUUCUAUCAAACCGACACUUUAGGUGCACGUGUGCGUCUCCCAUCUCUGUAAUUCGGAGCGCUGUGGCAUUUGUGUGUCAUGGGGGGCCAAGAAGCCCCUCAAUAGUUUCAAAUGCGCUGUCUUAAUGCCUUUUUUUCAAAUAAAUGUUGAUGUUGCCACCUCAGGGGCUCUGCUC